AUGUUCCGCAACCGCAAUAACACACAGAAGCCUGAUGAUGAUUUCAUCAGCCGCUUCCAGAAAACAUUUUCCGAUGUCGUUCCACGUCGAGACAGCGAUGGCAACCCGGUCGAUAGCCCAGCCUACGAUGCCCGCGAAGGCAACAUGGCCCACGGCCCGUUCCAUUUACAAAGCCAUGAGAUAAAGAUGGAGGAUGCCAACUUGAAGUUUCCUCAAGAUCGUACUCCUCGAAAUCUGCACGAUCUGGACUUUUCACCGUCAUGGAUGGAUCCCCACGGAAACAUGAACAUGAUGUCCCUAGCCGCCCAGCAUCCCGGUUUCUAUACGCCUAAUUCCGCCGGCAUGGGCACGAUCUUCCACAGCCAAGCGGGUGAUCUCACUCUUCCUCACUCCGGCAUCAACACUUUCAAUCAACCCUACCUUGCGGAACAGAUGCCCGAUAUGACCAACCCGUUCAUGCAGCAAGCGUCGUAUGCGCCGAGCGCAUUCAUACAGCAAGAACCGGAGAGUUUCGACAUGAUGGAUGACUCAGUAGAUGGUUCAUCGAUCGACGGGCUCGCCGACCAGUCUUCCAAUGUUUCUCGCAUGUCCAUUGACCCUUCUGUGUCGCACCCGCCUUAUGCGCAAGGUGAAAACUUUCGUUAUAACGUCUCCCUCCGCGCCCCGACUGCAAUGGUUAGGCACAAGCGGGAGGUCCCAGUGUCCUAUCUUAAUAAGGGUCAAGCAUAUAAUUUAACAGUUGUGGAUUCGACUCCGCCUAUGGUUAGUACCGAGCCUAUUCAAUACCGCACUUUCGUCCGCGUUUCGUUCGAGGAGGAAGAGCAACGACAGAAGCCGGCGGCUUGUUGGCAAUUAUGGAAAGAAGGCCGCGGUAUGAAUGAGGCGCAUCACCGCGGAGGCAAGCUUCUGGCUGUGGAAUACGUGGAUCCGGCUCCCCAAGCGGCGGACGAGAAUAAACCACGUCAGAUUCAGAUUGAGCAGAUGUCCUUUGAUGGUUUCUGCGUCACUUGGACCGUGAACCCAACCAACGGCGCUUCCGAAUGUACGAUUCCCGUUCGAUUCAACUUCCUAUCCACCGAUUUCAGUCACUCGAAGGGAGUCAAGGGCAUCCCGGUGCGACUUUGCGCUAAGACGGAACUCCUUGUUCCCGGAGAAGAGGUCGGGACGUCCCGGGAGGCUGAGGUCUGCUACUGCAAGGUGAAGCUCUUCCGUGACCACGGCGCCGAGCGAAAGCUGUCCAACGAUGUGGCGCACGUCAAAAAGUCUAUUGAAAAAUUAAAGCAGCAGAUCAGUCAAGCGGAAAUGGGUGGUGGUUUCGGCAAGCGCAAACGUGGUAGCAAUUCUACGGCGAGCGUGAAGAGCGAUCGAUCGAAGCAGUCGAAGCACAAGCGCUCUUACUCAAUAUGUUCCGAAGACGGCGAUAAAAUGUCGCUCGAAGACGACCUACAAGCCAAACUCGCCAUGAUGCAGGACAUGUUCUCCUCAACCCAAAAUAUGAGCAUUCUCGCCCUUCGUGGUGAUGAGGAGGAUGACCCCGAUCUCUACCCUGUUCGACUCCCCGAAGGUGAAUACAAGCCCGACACAUUCGCUUCACAGUCUCUGGAGUCUUUGAUCUCCCCGACUACCAGCAACCCGUCCACCAGCUCGUUCUCCUCGCGCAUGCGAUCAUCGAAGGGCAAGCCAUCAACAGUCCCAAGACUUAGCAGUGGGGAUCGAGUUUCUCAAGGGUUUAUCGAGGCUGUGGACAUUGACCCGACCUACCGUCCCCUGCGGAGCGACCUCCUAAGCCGAGUAAUUGCUUGCUUCUAUGUCCGCUUCCAAGGGAACGAACAGCAUCCCGAAGAUUACUAUCGCGCGAUCUAUUUAACCGAGCGCACCGUACGCGACCUGAUGAAGAAGAUCUCCGAGAAGCAUCACAUCGACCCACAACGGAUCGUUCGCAUUCUGCACGUCAACGAGGAUGGUCUCCGCAUCAUGGUCGAUGAUGACGUAGUCCGCGAACUUCCAGAGGGCCAGGACAUGGUUGCCGACAUAUACGAGUCGUCCGAGAAUGGCAACUCUGGCGCUCCUAUGGAGAUCAAAUUAACAUAUUAG